UUUUGAAGACAUUCGUUAAAAAAAAAAAAAUGUAUCCUUUCGUUGAUAUAGGAUGGAAGUUUCACUAGCGCAACUACUUUUUUCAUGUCUGAAAAGCCAGUAAAUGAGAAAUGGAGUGCCGGUACUAUUUGAUGAGCGGAGGAAAAUUGAUUUCGUUUAAGAGAUAUGGCUGUGAAGCCAUGUGCUUCUUUGUUUACAAAAACAGAGGCUGUUGGUGGAGUGGUGAAAUUGCGUGAAUAGUUCUUUAAAGAAUUUGGACUUGUAAGAAGUGAGCCGCACAACCGUACCUGCAACUUGCCUGGAGCAGUCUUCAGACAGUGGGACAAACUGUAUCUGCCAACUCAAUGCCUAGUUUCAAUUCCCUAGGAUUGGGUCAAACUGACCAUUCGUAAGGGACCAAAUGCAGCUGAGUGAGGCCAAAACAUCAAGGGACCCUACCGCCCCAUGCACACUUUCUGGACUCAGCGGGUGCCUGGCUGUCACGAUUUUACGAGUUUGUCUGUGUGUUUUCCAGGUGGCAAGGAUGAUUUCUCAGGUUCUCCUGACGGGGACACUAUGUUGCCUACUCCCAGGUUUGCUGGAUGCUACACCUCUGAAGGCUAGAGCUGUGAGGGAGGUCAGCAUCGACUCUGCCCAGGCUCAUGGCUUCCAGUCUCAGUCACGCCCCAAACGGAACGUCGAUCCCAAGUGGCACCGCGGCACGCCUGAUUUCCAGUCCUACUACAAAUUCUACAACAGCAUCGGCCAUAUUGAAGGACUGUAUGAGAUUGACAGGCUCAGGAUACUGUAUCAGCAGAUGCGUCACCUGGAGCAGGUCUAUGGGCCUGACGCCUCACGCUACCAGAAUGCCCUGGGUGUGAUAACCCCACCACCCACCACCGCAGCUCCUACUACCACCACACUGCCUGCUACCACUCCUACUACCCCAGCACCACUUUCUUUUACUAAGACUGACGUCCUGUAUCUGUGUAACCCCAAAGACCCCCUCUGUAAAGCUCACAUCGUCUACCUGCCUGCAGGGGCCAUCCCGGUCCUCUGUGACCCACGCUACAACCCUGCCUGCAAACCCCAAACUGGCAAGGUGGUCAUUCCUGCUGUACCUAUGGAGCCAGCUCCUGCAGCACCUCUGGUGCCAGCUGUUGAAGCACCACCUCCACCUCCACGAUCUCUUAAGAAGUCUCUCAAACCUCCUCGUCCUCCUCCCAUUGUCAUUAAAGGGAUGGAGUAUGACUGUGACCCUUACUGGGACCCUGACUGCCUGAUCGAUCACCCACCUCGCCCUGUCAAGGCGACUGAGCCACUACCACCACCCCAUACUCUCCCCGUUGUUGUGGAGGAGAAGGAGGGGAAGGAAGAAGUUGCUCCUGAGGAGACCAAAACACCUUUUGACCUGCGUGAUUUCCGGCGUGACCUCUUUGACCCUUACCGCUAUUCUGACCAAGCCCCUGACCCCCAGUAGAUGAUUAAAACAACAGAAAAUGGACAUACAAAUAAAACAGUAGUGUUAGUUUAUAACAGAAGGUCAGUAAACAAAUACAGGUAGGACUGUGAACAAAACCAUAUAACUUUUAUUUUACAUAAUUCCCCCCCAAGUAUGACACUUUUUCACUUCCAUCAGAGAAUAUGGUUUCAGUUUUAGAGACAAGCCUUAUAAAAUCUUGUAUUCAA